AUGCCGGCUCUUGAGGUGCCAGUGUCCGGGUUGUCUCUACACAGAGACAACCCCGGGAGCGAUUCAACGGUUAAACCAACGCAGAUCAUGCGGCUAAACCUAGCUCAGAGCACCCUCGACGAACUGAUCCAAACGCUACGGGACGACCAAACAGCUAGGGUCCGUUUAGGGAAACAUCCCACUCUCUACUACGGAUCCAAAUCGCAACCGUUUCACUCUCAUCCCGAGACUCACCGGUCCGAGAUCUAUAGCCGCAGCUCCAAUGACAAAGAAAACUUAUAUUUUACUGGUGUCCUGAGCCAUAGCUUGGAGGUUCAGAAAGCAAAAGAGGCUACUGCGGCCACAGACCAAGCAUUGGCCAACCUCGAACAGAGUCUGAACGCCUUUGAGAGGGGGAAGGAAUCGAAGAAGACCCAUAUAAUUACUAGCAUUGAUGAGGUGAGGGCUCUUCGAGCAGGCGACAAAAGGCAGGCCGCUCUUUUAGCUCGGAAGUCCUCGAGUAAGCCCGGCUCUGGGUGUCUCUCGGUCUCCUACUUCUGUACCUCCCCUCACUCCUACCUCAGCACCGCUUCCCAAACCAAAGAUCGCGUUCGCCUCGACGCUCUUAAGGUUCCCUUCAUUCACCUUCUCGCCGUCCGUGCCGUAUCUGCCAAGUUCCUUGCUCGCCAGACUCGCUCGUCCAUCGAAGACUGUACGGCUUUGGCUCGGAAAUACGGUGCCGAGAACCGAAUCAACCCGGAGAAGUUCGAUCUCAAGGACAAAGCCUACAGAGAGUUGGAUGUAUGGAAUUUUCCUUAUCCGUCCCAGGAAGAGCGACAGGAAGCCAUUGAGAAUGCUAUCUCGGCAUUUGAUCGCAUGCGGAUCUCCCGCACCGACAAGCUAUGGCAGAUGCUUCUUCCAAAGGAGGAGCGAGGGAAGGGGAAGUGUCUGUCACGGCUGAACUUGCGCACCGGCCCUGUUAAGAAGCCACUGACUCCUCGGAUACAAGUACAAAACCCCGACGAGAGCGGCAAAGACGGCGACACGACUGGACCGGAAACCGAUAGGGUCAAUGGAAAUGGCUUGACCCCCAAGACACAGCCCACAUCAGCUCCCCGGUCUGGUGCCAACGCACAAAAGAAGCGAGUCGGCAACUCUGUAACGAAGCAAUUUACUGCGAAGGGAAAGAAUACGACAAACAGUACCCUGACUGGGCGUGUCACUAAAAAGCCGGAACGGAAGCCAGUCCCCAAGCCGGAUGGGAAGUUUAAAUCAGCAGAAUACGUUCAUGAUUCAGAUGAAGAUGACACAGACAUACCAGAUGCAUCGGCAUCGGAACAGCCUCGUCCAGAGAAAACUAAGCUACAGCCUAAAGUGCCACCCAAACAGGCCGAGUCUUCUCCUCGAGAGUCCCCCCAUGUGCCGACACCCAAGGUAGACCAGUCAGAGCGCGCCCCAUCCAAAGCCGAAUCGUCGCCCCCAAAUCCUCCAAAACCUACUACCUCAUCAAAGAGGCCACCAUCCUCCCGCCCUCCGGCCCAGAAAUCUCCUCAGAAGCCGUCGCCUCUUGGCUCAUCCCCCCCGACCAAUGCUUCUGACCUACAGAGUCGCAGUCGUUCUUCGAGUCAGAACAAUUCCUCCAGUUCUUCCUCAUCGCCUUUGAUUACUCAAAUAUCCAAACCAAACAAAGCUACGGGUGCCUCCAAUGUUAAGAAGCAGGUGAAAACCAAUGGCAUGGCCAAGGCAACUCCGGCGCUCAACCCCCUCAAGCGUAAGGCGGAACUCGACCGCCCUUCUGCAACUCCCGCCCAGGGACGUACAACAGGGGAUUUGGAGCACAAGCGACGACGGGCGGUUAGCACAUCGAGUGGUAGCACCGGAAGUGCUUCACCACCCCUUAGUCGGGAGAUUCUUCUCCAGCAGCUGCGAGAGAAAUCGCAGCGCUUUAAACACUACUAUGCCAAGUACCGCACACUGCACGAUACAAUGGCAGCCCAUUCAGAUCCACCGAGGGCGGAGCUGGAGAAGUUACGGCGACAGCACUUUCGACUACAGCAGAUGAAAGAGGAAAUCUGGGAUGAAGACCGGCGGCUUCGCGAAGGGCUCUGA